ACAGACAAAGUUACGCACCCGGAGAAAGGUCAAUCGGUCGGCCGCUCCGUCGCGGAGCUCUCUCGUGACUCUUACAUCCGGGCGAAACCAGGUGUUAAUUUUCAAUUUAUCGGGGAAGAAAGACAAUUGUUUGACGUGACGCGUCUUCAGAUUUGUCGGUCGAUUUUGUCUUUUUCACACAAUCGCGGUAAUUUUUUUAUUUACACGUUCUUCGUUUCCCCCGAAAAAAAAAACAAAAAAAAAAAAAACAAAGAGGUGAUCGAGGCGAGGUGUUCUGGUUGGAAAACUGGACGCACCGAGAUCGCUCCAUAUGUAACGGACGGAAGCACGCGGGAGAUCGGUUCACGUGGGAAGUGCGCGUCAUCCUCUUCUUCGUUGACUUUGAGCUGGUUCAAAGUGCUGUCGCUUCGAGGGACACGAACAGAUGGGCGACGACAUGUGGAGGCUUUGGUUUACGAAAUUGCUCCUGUUAGUGACGCUGCUGUUGGCGAUCACCGCGCUAACGCGAUCCGAGGACGCGGAUUCGUCGAAUAUUAGAGCGUCCAGAAUAGAAAGGGACCUCGAGGGAGUGACCACGGUUCUCUUAGUUUCGGCGCGUCCUGGAAAAUCCAUACCUCCGGUCGGACUGUUGACGAAUACGGCGCGUACGUUCGUGCAGGAUGGCGCGAGCACCGAAUUCGCUACCAAAGUCCUCGGCACGACUCUAAACAAUGGUCGUUUUUACGCGAGAAUUCUAUCCACGUCCAGUAGGGUGUUCUACGAGAAAGAGCCCGUUCCCGAUCCGUCGAGCCCCUACGUAGUUUAUCCCUCGAGAGCACCGGAGGACGAAUGGCGGCUCCGAGUGGCUCUCGACAAUACGCCAAUUAGAAUUAUCGAAGAGAUACAAGCGCCGAACGACAACAUCGACAGCAAUACCGAGAAGCAGAAAGAGACCGGAACGAUCGGUAAACUCGACGAACUGUCUCGUGAAAAUGAUAUAUUCAGCAAGAGAGAACUCAGCGGGGACGCGCAGAGAUUUAAACCGGCGAAGGUGCGAACGGCCGACAAUCUACCCACUUACACCGUCAAACAGGAAUACGUGACAAGCGGUUUCGACGCGUUCGAGGACGCGCAAUCGAAGAGCUUCAGACCGCGAGCGCCGAAGAUCUUUAAGCCGCAGGUGAAGACCGCGCCCCAGAAGAAACCGGACACAAAGCCUCUCGCUACCGUGACUUAUCACGGUUUCGCGGAUUUCACGACCACGGUCGGCGACACCGUCAUCGUCUUCUCGCCGAGCACGUCGCCGGCGCCCUUGGCACGUCCCGCGACCACGAUCAAAGGCGACGCCACACUUCGACCGGACGAUGGCGUGGCGGUGAUGAAGAUUCGGCCUACGACCGUGAUGGAUCGCGCGAAAACCGAUCUGCCUUCAAAUCAUCAAAAUGAUCACUCGGAUGAUCAGCUGCUGAGCGCUAUCAAUCGCGGAAACAUUCAGCCUAGCUUGGUCGAGGAAACCGAAGCCGAAUCGUCUACCACGUCCACGGAACCGUUACUGCUGGUACCCGAUGUCGAAACCGGAUCGGUGAAAUCGACGGGUCUUCUGAAAGUUAUCGACUCCACGACGUCACUGGAUGGCACCACGACUCAUUACAAGAGUCUCAUUUACGGCACGUACAUUGGCACGAAUUACGCGCAAAUAAUUCACACGUCAUCGAAUGUGUACUUCUUUCCGGAUGAAGCCACCGUGACUUAUGAGGCGGACGACACUACUGUGGAAUACGGCACAACCGGAACCGAAUCUGACGAACAGGACACUGUCGAAGAGUUGCCUUCUACCACACCAACAACGAUCACUACCAGCGAAGAGAAUGAAAUGAACGAACUGAGCACUCCAUUAAAAGACACAACAGACAGUGUUCUGACAACUCUCAAGGAUAUUUUGGAAAGCGCGAGAAGAGUACUGGCAACGACGGAAUCGGUGAUGCCGACUUUGGAGGACGAAAUUCCGAAUGACAUCGUAUUGGGAGAUCACCAAGGACGUAGCAUUAAAAACGAUUCUCCACAAAAUAAUCUGCAAGCCGACAAACACAAGUCACACGAUUCAGAUAAUGCGGAAGAGAAAGUGACGGUGGCCACUAAAGUGCUACCGUCUACCGUCUACAAGACAUUCACGUAUUUCACAACUUUCUUCAUUCCGGGCGACAACGAUCAGACCACGACUUCAAUUCGCUCUCGAGAAGUGGUCUCUUCCGAGGUGACAUUCUUGACUGAAUUAAUUCGACCUACUUCGACCGACGUUUCAAUCCGUUCUACUUCUUCACCAAGAAAAACGCCGACUUUGCUCGGCGAGGUCGAGGAAGAGCAGACUACCAAACAAGAUGAAGAAAUAGAAUUGAUCUUUAAGACCUUGUACACAACAUACACGUAUUUAACAACAUUCUUCCAAGAAAACACAUCGAGCGUAUCCAGUCGACAGGUCGUCGAGACUAACGUUAUCACGCAGACCGUCGGACCAAACGGGGUUUCUGCCGUUGUAGCCGGCCUCUUCGACAAGGACGAGUCCGUGUUAAUAUCACCAACGACGAUAUCGCAGAGUAUCUUGCCGUCCGUAACAAACGCCCGAACUCCCGAAGAGUUUAACAAGGGUACCGAGCCGAUUUAUCAGGUUCUCGACGAAACGACGGAAGACAGUUUGACUACUUUCCAACAGCAAGACACCACUCCGACGGAUUCUAUCACAACUAAUGACGAUUUCGAGACGUCAGAUGGAUGGACUACUGAUUUAGAACCGAGUCCCACUCCAGCUAUGGCAAGCGAAGCGGUGAGAGAACAGGUGAAGACGUAUUACACGACUUACACGUACUUCACUACUAUUUUUGUUGAUGACGAAACGGAGAUCGAGACGCGAACUGAGGUAUUUACAAACGUGGUUACUGAAACCAUUACACCUACGAAGGUUCAGCCAGUUUCACAAGAAACGACUCAACUCACGACACCAAAAUCUGUCGAUAGUAAGCCUGCUGUGCCUCCGGAGAUCUUAGCUUAUCUGGAAGCUCUUCAGCGUAAGAAGUCUCAGGAAGAAGAGCUUUUACUAACGAAAAAGGUUCAACAAGCCGAUCAAGCGACGCGCAACGAAGCUACGACUAUGACCGAAGGCAACACCGAGCAAACGACAGAAGUGCCUACCACACUGGAGGAUCAACCCGUUACCGAACGUCUGUUUCGCGACUUUCAAGUAGGCGCUCAAGUUACACCUCAUCCUCCGGCUGACGAAGUGGAAGUUAUCGGUUCCAUGAUAACAGACGUUGUGUCUUCCUCCAGUUCCGGUGGCGGCACUGUAUUGGAUGUGAUGGACAAGAGAAACAUCGUUCCCGAGGAUCAGGAAUUAUCGGAGUCCAACAAUCACGAAGUGGAACCAGCACCAACGUUGCUUCUGCAAACUAGUUACACCACCUUCACGUACUUUACGACGAUGUACAAAGGCGAUCAGACAAAUGUUGCGAGUCGAUUAGAAACGGUUACGAAUGUUGUCACGGAGACUUUGAGACCGUCUCCCUCCGUAGUGCUGGAACCGACCAGCACAACGCCGGUAACGUAUUUCACGACGUUUACUUAUUGGACGACAUUCUACAAGGGCGGCGACACCAUAACUACCAGCCGCGAAGAAACGGUCAGCAACGUCGUCACACAGGGAAUUGCGUCCUCACCCACCGUAGAACUCGGUGUAGUAAUGACGUACACGCCGACCUUGAAUCCACCAGCGGAAGAGACGUCUUUGACGAACGAGAAAGAAUCCAAGGUCACAGCGGACAACGAAGUUACACCUUUGAGCAGUGCCGUGCCUGGAAAAUCCAUCACUGAAGAUGCGAACGUACUAUCCAAAGGAAUCGUGACUGAUCCUGAUCAUCACAGCGUCGUGAACGCUUCAUCAAUAUCACCCGAACCCACGACUUUCUACACUACGUUUACUUACUUCACUACGUCUUACAUCGGAAACGAAACGAUCCUCAACAGCAGACUGGAAACGGUGACCAGCGUUUCGAUACCGUCGAAUAUUGCGACGCAACAGCCAACCGGUCGCGCGAUCGGUGGGUCUGUGUAUCCGUCAAUUCAAACUCUGGGCACCGACGAAAAGACAACUAUAUCGCCUUCCAAAGUAACCGAGACUCAGAAAACGGGCUUGAUCUCCACGAUAAGUUCGAGCGAAGUGCACGAAGGUACUACGACUCACUACACGACGGAUAUUUACGGCACUUACAUAGACGGAUAUUAUGCGCAAGUGCAGGAGAGCUCGACGAGAUUGGAAACGCCGUCGUUGCCUUCCUCGUCGAUAGCCACGCCAGUACUUCCCACGGGCGUUUUAUCGUUGAACAAAGGAAGUGUAAUAGACGCCGACGAAGUCACUACUGUUUACUUUACAACUAAGCAAGUCGGCACGCUUCUCGACGGCGCGUACGCUAAAGUGAUCGAACACACAUCGAGCACCAAGAUAGACGAAGAGAGGAAAGCGAGUAUUCCACCCACUCAGGGUCAUCGAACCGGUUUGGUGCGCCUGAUUCAAGGUCAAAUUGAGAAUAACGGAACCACCACGUUCUAUCAAUCGAAAGUUAUCGGUACCAGCAUUGAAGGAAGAUACGCUCAGAUUAUCGAAAGUACUUCCAGCUUCUACGUGCCAAGCACAACAAGCAUCUCGCCGACCUCUACUAUACCUCCUAUUCAAUCGACAGGUAUACCAGAAAUCUCACCCUCUCCCGCUGUUAUUCAGUCUUCUCUGUCCGAAGACUCUUCGACGGAACCCACCGACGAAGAAUCAGAGGAGGAUGGCGAACAAGGCGAAGAAGACGAUGAGGAAGAUGAAGAAAGCGAGGAUGGACAAAGUUCCAAGAAGAAAUCACGUUUGACGUUCUCGACCAGAAAGAGGACCUUCACACCGGUGAUCAGACCGUUCGCUUCCAGAAACAGACCUACCUUCAAUCCGAAACGCAAAGGCGCGCAAGCUGCGACGACCAUUACCAGAACGGAUAUAACUCCUACGAUAACGGCCACUUUAGCCGGCAAAGGAAGCAGAUUCGUGUUACAGCGAACUCGCGUCACAUCGCCCAACGGAUCGUACUCCUCGACAUUGUCUCCGUCGAAUUCAAGAAGAUUUCUAGGAAGACGACCUACCACCACGACAAGCUCGUAUAGCACGUCGUUUUCGAGCAGUCGAGGAAGAACACCGUCUAGAAUAAGCCCAACGUCCGUGUUUCAAACCACCAGACGCGGCCCGACGUCGAUAAGAGGAUCCUCGAAAGCUCCGGCUCGCGUCUCGAGUUCCUCAUUUCCCGUCGCUUCUUCGAGAUAUCGAACGGGUAUUCGACCGUCGUCGACGUUACUGAGAGGACAGUCCACCAUUAAGCACGAGGAUCAGGAAAACGACGCUAACGAGUUUACCACAACCAUGCUUGUCACGGACGAAACGUCAUUCACCGAUUCCUUAGACGGUGAAACUGUCACUACUCCUUUGCAAACCACGACGGAAUCUACGAGAAAAUCCACGAAUCCACUCUUAAAAUUCCGAAGACCGAUCAGUUUGAAUGGAAACGGCAGGUCGGUAACUACACCGAGACCACCGACGACUACGACUCCGAGACGAUCGAGCAAUCUGAACAGGCCGAGCGCGCCAACGGUUCCAAGAGUGACUAAUGGCCGAACGAAUAACAGAGCAACUCCUCCAGUGUCCACGAGAACACGACCGAGUAACACGGGUUUGUUCCCACCGCGUGGAUUUCUCGGAAGAAAACAAGAAGCAACUACCGAAGAACCAACCGAAACAACUGAGGCAAACGAAGAAGACGAAAGCUUUGAAGACGAACCCGUUGAAGAAAUAUCUGACAAUGAUUACGAGGGAUCCGAACACGAAGACAGAAGAUCGAACGUGAAUCGACGUUCUGGAAAAUCCGUCGGACCCGUUGUACAGAUCAGACCUUUCGGAACUAGAAGAAGAGUUCGUCGUCAAGCUAGUCAAUUGAGAAUGUACAGCAAUCGGUUUCGUCGACCUGCUCAGUCUUCGUCUCCCGCAAAAGCGGAAGAAAGAUCUGAUUCACUGGAUGCUGUAACGACUAAAGAAGACAGUGUUAAGACUAAACCUAUCGCUCGAUAUAGCAAUAAUCGCGCGCGGAGUUUGACACCGUCGCAGUUACAGCAAAAGGCAUCCAAUGGUCCGGAUCAAUCGUCGGCGGAGACGAUGGAGUCGCCGAGUCAGCAGAAAUCCAGAACCACCAGGCCGAAUCAAUCUAACGGAAAUAGGAACGGACCUGUCAGAAUAAAGCCGUCACCAGCUUCGAGCAACGGUAGACAAUUUACAUUAAGAGAAAAAGAUUCGAAUAGACCGGGAUACAAGAGGCCGCCUUCCGGUUCCACAAGAACAAAUAACAGAUCCACCAGUAAACCAACCGACAGAGUGAGACCACCGAGAUUACAAAACAGAUCCAAAUCAACUGAAUCUCCGACCAAUCGAAGAGUACCGCCGUCUCGUUCGUCCUCGAGAACGACAAACGGAAGAAAUAGCAGAAGAGGUUCCACGAGAGGCAGAGGAUCUCACGAGGAUAUACGAGAAGCACCUACGAUAUAUCCGAACUUCGACGGCACCAUAACUGUGACGCAUUACGUGCCGACAGAGGUGACAAUUCCGGUGGUGAACAAUGGCGUUACGGAACAUCGAAACAUCAUAACGGCGCAGCCUAGCACCGAGGUUCUCGGGCCUUCUCAGUACAGCACGGUAACAACUGGAGAUGGCAAACCGCUCGUGGUAAUCGUUAGCGAAGUGACGGGCACCAAUGUCCAAGGACAAACCGAAGUCACGCGAUUCCUACUUCACGAGACACCCACUACUCGUAUCUCGCACACUCUCACGAGCCUCGCUGGCCGUCGCGUCUCUCAAUCGGUUAUCAUGCCCACAACGGUAUACUCCGUGGAGAACGUAGUUUCCACGGUACAGCCAACCCUGUCUGGCAACGCUCCUCUCGCCAAUAUUCUUUUAUCGCAAUUACUUCUGGGCCAGUUAGGCCCGAAUCCAUUGCUGCAGCCACAAGCCACACCCUCCACACAAUAUAACACACGCACCACUUCCUAUAUUACUACAAUAACGAAGCAUCAGAGCACUGUCAUUCCUCUAACUUUCCGCGGAAAGGAAAUUCUGACGACUCUGGUCGACUCGUCGACCGAUGUCGUCACCGCGACGGAAUUCGUCACGGACACCGUUGUGGUAACACCGACGGCCGCCAUACCGGCGGCCAAUCUGAAUUCUCUCUUGCUGCUGCUUCAACAACCGCAGACACAGCCGCAGAACACGAAUCCGCUGCUUGAUCCUUUAUUCGCGGCCGCUCCGUUUACGCAGAGCAACACUCUGCCGGGAGAAGUCGAGAGAAGACAUCAACCGGCCGAUUCCGACUACAGACACGAUAGUUACGAAUAUUCGGAAGAAGACGAAGCGGAAGAUUACAAGAAGUCGUCGAGAUCGCGCGCAGGUGGACGUGCGAAACCGAACGACAAGAAAAAGGAGGUCAAAGGAGUUACCGCGGCGGCUUCUAAGGUCGAGUCCAGUGUGGUGACGCUCUACGUUUCCGGCCGCAGACCCGGAGAAUUUAGCACAGUUCUGAGUACUGUAAAAAUCGGCGACACCGUCACCGCAUCUUCCAGAAGACGCAGAGACACGUCGAACGGAGCAGUCGAGGUACGUCCCUCUGUACCGCCGUCGUUGCACGCCGGACCGGCGGCCGUCGCCAUUUUGGCGGGAAGCGAGGAUACCAUUGACGCACAUGCGCCGACAGAAAGUCUCGAGAGCGUAAAUAACACGUUGAAACAAACAAGCGGGAACAUCGCCUUUGCAGGUGAUUUCUAUGACGAGUCGGUGCAAUACGGAGACGCGAGCGUCGAACGCAACAGAGACGGCACCGUCGCUUGGCCCGCGAACGAGGAUUUUAAUAUCAGAAGAUUCGACGAAGAAUCUUCUGACGACGAGGAGGCGCUACGAAAACGAGUCAGAAUUCGAGUACCCGUGGUGCGUAGUGGAAAAAGCGCCAGACAACACAAACUCACCGUCGUCAGACGCAGACCUUUAACAUCUCGCACCGAAGCGUCUCUCACGUACUCGUCCACCGCGCACGCACCGCGAAGAAUCGUAGUGACGCGCGUUCGGACCUUCGAAUCGGGUAGAUCGAUCGAUCCGACCGACGUUACGGACGAUCCGGCGAGCUAUCAGACCGUCGCUGGCAAACACAAAGUGACAAUAACCAGACGCAGAAAAAUCCUGACCACACCGACUACGCCGAUUACUACGAACAAAGUCAGAGUGACCAGAAAGAAAUUAGUCGCGGUGCGACCGAUACUGCCGACACCGACUUUCGCGAUUAUUACCACCGGAUUCUUCACCGCUUCUUCUUCGGAUUACGACGAAUACUCAGACGAAGAAGACGAAAAAUACGAAGGAGAUAAAGUGGAAGACGAAGAGGACAAAGUUGACGAAGAGAUAGAUCAUUCCGCCGUCACGCCCGGUCUCGAAGUAACACCGAAUCUUAUUGACAGCAGACCAGACGAGGAGACGAGUUUUGCGUUGACGGAUGCCAGUUCUACCGUGUCCGAAGAAAGCGCGUCAAACGCGCCGGUGAUCAUCACCGAUCAUUUCUUCCUUCCUCCGUUCGACGACGAGGAAGAGUACGAGGAUGAUUACGACUACGAGACCACGACCGAAAAUGUUGAAAAAAUUACGAUUCCGAUGGAAGACGCGGCUACAACUGAAGCAAUCUUGCCGAAAGAUAAGGACAACGUUGUGUCUACUAAGAGCGACUCUGAAACGCGAACGGAAAGUGACGACGUUACGACGACGACGCCGAUUAGUCAAAGUACGUCGGAAGAAGAGGCAAAGACGGAUAAAAUACACGAUAAGACGCCAACGAAUGCAACAGAAUCGAUCGAUAUCACUGUGCAAGACAAUUAUACCAGCACAGAGGAAUCUACCACGAAUCUAUUGGACGAAGAUAUAACAACUACUGAAUUUACCUCUAUUGAAGAAAACAAUACCGACGAAUCAAUCGUGAAAGAUCACACGACUGUGACCGACGAACUCGACGAGUCCACCGAGUCUCCGAAUGUUUCCGAAGAGAAAAUCACUACGAUGUCUACCGCAACGGAAGAGGAUAUUUCACCUGUCACCGAGAUAACGCUCGGAGCAAAAGAAGAAAAAAGACCAACCGAAGCUCCCGAAGACUCUACGGAGCGCGGUAUACAGAGCACGUCGGAAACGAUCGAGCAAACUUCGGAAGAGACAUUACCGGCGCAACCUGUACUGCCGGAUAUUAAAAUCGCUUCUAAUUCAACCCAGAUCUCUCCUGUCGAAACGGUUCCCUUGUUUAGUGUCACAAUCGCGCCGAGUUUCGAAAGCGUAAUACCUCUGGAAACUGGGAAAUCGUCGAUGAGCGAUCGCGAUACGUCUCGUACCGAUUAUCUCGAUGACUCGUACGUACCCAGCGUGAUACCCCUCGGCGCGAAUUAUUCACACGAAGUCGCAAAAUCGUCCUCGAUCACCAGAACCGCCGUGUCCGAGACCACCCCCGUGAAAAAAGUCACGACCAAGAUCGCGUCGCCUACGCCGGAAGAGAUCGAGGCCGGACUGGCGGACGAUCUCUACCUGUCGUUGUCUCGCCUCGAUUUCCCCGAGAUCUUGCCGUCCAAACCGGCCGUUAAGUCUGAACUAGAGACCAAAUCCACGCCGGAUCUCGCGCUUGAGCCCAGCACGAGCGUCUAUUACACCGAGACGGUAGUGACGUCGACGCGAUUAAGAACAUACACGUACGUGGUGACGCAACUUAACGGACUGGAGACUAAAGUUACAUCGUCGACGACAGUACGACCGAGAGUGACGACACUUACGCUGACGGUGCCCGUCACGGUGACUGUCACUCCUACCGUGGAGUCGUCAGCCAACGUCAUAUCGUCUGUGUAUAAUCCAGUAUCUAUUAUCGGAGGGUACGAAACGAAAGAUGAAGAAGAGGGACGCAGAUUCAAUCUGGCGACCCGCGUAAUGUCAAACGGUGUGGAAGUUAUCGUCGCCGGGCCGACUCCGGCUCUAAGAUGGGAAAAUUCAAAUCCCCAACCUACCCUUACGUUGUCGGACGCGGUGGUCAUGCUCCUCCCGCAGGACAAACCUAACGAGUUUGUCACGAAGACUUGCACAACAACUUUCACAUAUCUCAACACGAUUACUAAGGAUGGAACGACUACCAUUACCACGGAACAGCAGGUUGUAGCGAAUACGGCGACGGAGGAGCGACACAGAAAAUCCGGUUCUGAAACUGCAGCUGUGACUCUGGAAGCAUCGCCGACUUUACGCACCGAAGUGUUUAAAACAACUUAUACGUAUCUGACGUUGAACACGGAUCAUCCGGAUGUAAACGACGCCUUGGAAAGUAGCACAAAAGUUAUAACAAAUACUGUGACCGCGCCACAGCAUUACCUAGAUAUGAUUCUCGAGCCGUCAGAAGCACCGCGACCGGAAACCAAUACAUACCUCAGCACCAGAGUGUUGGAAAAGACAUUCAUGGAAGAAGGUCGAACAAAAAUAGAAACGAUCAGCGACACAAUCACUCAGCUGAUAGUUACAGAAUCGGCUCCUCCGCCACGACCGACCAGUGUGACAACCACUUUGACUGCGUUGGAUAACACCGACGGUAGUGUGACGGACAUUACUAAGACGUAUUAUAUCACCUACACGUAUUUCAAUACAUUUUUGGAGAAAGGCAGCACGGUGGUUCGUACGAACAUAGCAACAUCGACCGACGUGGUGUUGGAGAAAGUACCGGUAAGAAAAACGACUAUGAAAACUGUUCCAAUUAAUUCCACACCGGAGCCAAUACAGAUCUUCGCCACCAAAACGUAUCUCACUACCUUCACUUACUUCACAACGUUGCUGCAGGCCGGUCCGGAUGGAGAAACGUCAACAACUGUGACUUCCCGAUCGCAUAUCGUCGAAAAUGUCGUGACGGAAUCGAUAGCCCCGAGUUUAUUAGACGCGGGCUACAUGAGCGCCUUGUUAACGACCGCGCAUCAUUCCGAUCCGGUGAAAAACGUCGUAACAGGUUCGACGAUCAUUUUCUUCGACGAGGAAGAUCAGAUCGAUCCAACGUCAACUACCAGUCUUCCGGAAUCGACUUCCGUCGCGGAAACAACAAAAUACGAAAAGAGUUCCGCGAGCGCGACAACUACCACCACAUCGACGGAAACAUCUUUGUCCGACAGCACCGACAGUUCCGAUGUAAACCCAACGGAAUCAAUUAAAAAGGAUAACAACAGCACUGCAGUAUCGAACGAUGAAUCGCAAGACAAACGACCCGAUUCUCAGUCCGGAGAUGAUCACCAAGUCAGCAAUCUCCUCAGUUUGAGUUCGUUGGGUAUAAAUAGCCUGUCUGCUCUGGGACCGGUGAUUACGGCGAUGGCUGGAUUGUUGCAAGGAAAAACCACGGCCAGUCGUAGAAAUGACACCGCACCAUUGACGGAAACUCAGGAAACCACGAAGCAGAGAUCGCCGAUCUACAUACCUGUUGCGGAAUUUGUUGACGGCGACAUAGAAACUGCCGAAAGUCAACACAUUGCUGUUCAUCUGGCAAAUGUCAAUCACAAUUAUAUCCCCGAGACACGUCACAAGGUGACGAGCAGUCUCGCCGAUGGCAUACCGAUAUCGCCGGGUGAAAUAAUCACCGCGAACAGCGACGUUAUCAUAGGAAAGCCCGGCAAAAUGGCGCCGAGACCGCCGCAGACAUUUUUGAAGGAGGAAGAACACAUUGGCAUGAAACCUCCCCCUAUGCCAGUGCCGAACAUUCCGGUGCAUCCUGUGUUGGAAGUUUUGGAAGACGAUCCUGAUGACACGCAACCUCAGUCGACCGUGCAAGGACCGCAGGUGCAAAUCUUACCGGCUCAUCAAGUGUACGAAGAACACUUGAAAGUACCAGCUUCGAUUCCUCUCGAUGCAAAUCAUUCACCGUCUCCCAAACAAUCUCAAAAAUUACUUCCCGUUCAGUCGGCGCCGCCGCCUAAAAGAAUCGUAUCAAAACAGGAUAUCCUGGAAAACGAUCCUUUGCUAAAGCCACCGGACAGACUCAAUGUGGAACAAUAUGCGAAUCCCAAUAUAAAUCACAAGAUUCCGGAAUGGAAUACGGAAAAAUACAGAAGACCUUGGAGCGCCAAAGAUCCUUUAACGGCGCCGUUGCCGCCUGCGAGAUUCGACGAGAUUCAACCGAGUAAACCGAUUGAGAAACCACGUCCGACUAUAUUAUCGCUGGAGGAGCAAAAACAAUCGCCGUGGGCACAAAAAGAUCCAUUGUUACCGGACAGUUCUAUUAUCAUUCAGAGCUCGGAAACAAAACCGCUUCCCAGCGAGCCAAUAAUUCAUCAAGUUCCGCAUGUUAUCGACAGAUCUACGGGACAACCUUUGCUAGUCAAUAUUCAACCGAGUCAAGUAGCAAAUGUUGUAAUUCCUCAAGGCGGUACGCAGGCUCUCAUUUUCGGAGACACCAAUGAACCUCACAUUAGCGGACAGUACUUUGACGAUCCCUCACCUUAUCCGGAACCUGAAACCGGACCGGGUUUCGUUGGUAUUCAAAAGGUUGAAGAUUUGCCUCAAUAUUUAAACGAGAAAAAUCCAACCGACUACAUGGUUCCUCCGUCGCCUCCGACCAGCUUAAAACCCACUUCCUUAAAACCAGGUAUUUCCGGUCGUCCGCACGCUGUUCUGUUGUCACCCGUACGCGGAAGACCGCAAGAUGUGCCGGAAACACCUGUAUUACGACCCGAGAAGAGACCUUCGGAAAUUCAUUUGAUCAAACGACCCGACGGAUCUGGGAGCUCUAGUCAAGUUCACACGGAAAUUCUUGUGCAUCACAAGCCGGAAACGGUAAACAUUCGACCGCAGUCUAUUUCUCAUUCGUCUGGACAUUCUCAUCCCGUUCUCCAACAAGUUCCGCCAAGACGUGCGGAAGUUACCACACCAACCGAAGUUCCGCAUCGCUAUAUAUUUCUUGGCAAGCCGGAUUCCGGGAACGAGAUAGGGCUGAACGCCAAGAAACCGAUGAGAUACACGCUGAACAAUCGACAGAGGCCACGACCCGUUUUGAGACCGACGACCAAUCGACCUCUAGACAGAUACGUUUUUGUUGAGCGACCCAAUGGAUAUCCUCCGGGAAGAAAACCUCCUUAUUCUAUAUCGCAGAGGCCGCCGACGAAAACCCAAAACACUUUCGCGUUGCCGCAUCGUUCUCCCAUGACUUCUCAGUCUUAUCAUGAACCUACUCGAACACCGCCCAAGCAGUUCUCCAUUCAGAUCGAUCAUCAGAGCAGACUUCCGCAUAUUUAUUCCGACAAAACAGGCGCGAGCAAUAUCGCAACGACAAAUUUGCAAACUGAACAGAGCGAUCACAUACCUACCGGAGCUGUAGAAUAUCAUAAUCCGUUACAUCCGAAUCCAAUGUCGGAAGAAACCAAGCAUUUACAAGUAUCUUCUACUACGCAACGUACAUCGUUGGGAAAUAAUUCUGACAAACGGCCGACAAAUACACGAACGGAACAGACGUUAUUAGAUUCCGACAUUAACGCGUCGGAAUAUCAGAAUCAUUAUGCGGAAAAUCACAGUCAAAAGUUCAAUAGCCAAAAUAUGAAGAACACGAUGAAUUCCGGAUAUAUCAAUCAAACUCUGAAAUCGCAACACGGAUCGGUUGUUUCCAUCAAUACAGUCGUGAGCAAACCGUUGGAAGUCGAUCAGGAACACAGUGUCAAUUUCAAACAUGAUUCUUCAGUUUUGAGCGUUGCUGGAAAGCCGUUGUUACAAGGAGCUUACAGCACUGAUCCUUACAACACAAGACCUUACGAAUUACCUGUGGUGCAAGGCAAGCCGUUUGGUGUUUACAACGGUUACGUGGACUCGAUUACUCCUUACGGUUACAAACGAAAACAAGGUAAACCCGAUUACGAGAUAGUUCACGGUAUACCAGCUCCUUACAACGAAGAGACAAAACCGCCAAUGAAAAAGACUCAAGACGGACAAGUUACGACGACAAAUUCACUUGAACGGGAUGACACUAUCGACUUGAAACCGCCAGCGAUUGUACCUCAAUUCGGUGCUGAAUCAGACAGACCUUUGAUGGGAAGACCUUUCUCCAGACCUGUUAAACCCGAUUCAAGACCCGUUCUACACGUUAAACCGGAAAUAUUGACGAAACCGCCGAUUAAAUUCGAAGUCAGACUACCCGAGUACGGUAUGAAACUUCCGGAAAAUGUCAAACCGAAUAUCGCGGAAAUCUUCGUCAAUCAAACAUUAAGUCACGAAGUAAAAACGAAUCAUGAUCUUCAGAAGUGGAAUGCGGGCGUUGCGGCCUCGAAUACCGUAAAGCCUCAGCACAAAAUAUCGGCGCAACAUGAUUUCCAAGUUAAACCGAUCGAAAACAAAAAUGGCACCGUAUCUCGUCCGAUUAAAAUUAAUAAUAAUAAUAACAAGCGUCCGAGCGUCGCUCGGCCGGAACACGGAACAUUUACUAGAAUCCACCCGGAAUAUCCUCACAUCUUGACGAAACCAAAACCUCAAGUGCCCGAUCCGGUGAUCAUUUCCAGCGACAGCGCGAGUCUGGAAAUGCACAAUCGUCCGAACAUGAAAUUUUCCAUGUCGGUCGACGCUACGGGGGAGGAAGUGGACAGUAAGACGCAAACUGAGAGACCGCCCAGCAUGCUGGUCACGAAAAACAAUUUGUCGCAGAACAAACAGACCGAUGAGAUUCUCGACACGGCGCAUCAGAUGAACUUUGCCACUUCGGAUUCUCAAAAUAAACCAGAUGGAAAAACAAGACCGGUUGAUGUUAAGGAAGUAAAUGUUCCUUCCAGAAACAUAAUGCCGCCGCCUUUGAGUGUGACGGUUGAACCGAACCAAUCAAAUCAAAACGAACAAGAGGGUCUCAAACCUCCGCCGCUGCCGUCGAGCGACGUGUUCGGAUUGUCGCCACCACCGAUAGACAUCACUACUACUCACGUGCCGAUAGAGGACAGAUUCGCUUUGGUGACGAACAACGUGUCGGGUCUGAAGCCGCCGAAAUACAUACCUCUGAAAGAAUCGACAACGCCCGCUCUGCCUAGCACGAACAUGGUCCCACCGAGUCCGAGACCGCCAAUCACAAGACCUUUCCUCGUGGAACUGCUGUCGCAGGACAUGGUACCGCCACCACCGGUGUUAACGACGACAAGACCGCUCGAAAUCGCCACCGUGAGGCCAGCUGUUGCGGUUUCCGGUUCUAUACAGAUAGCCACUGCUGUCGCCACAUCUCACAUUCCGGUAGUUCACGAUAUCGAAUCCAAGAUUCCAAUUAUUCACGGCACCGUUGAUUUGCCGGUUGUGGUCGACGUUCCUGACAUUCUUAAGUCCGCAGAAACACGAAUGACUCAACACGUUAGCAUUUACACCGUUCGACCUUUUGAUACCAAACACGUAUCCAGAAUUCCUAUUCAAACGACAUCGACAUUGCCCACGAACAUGGUAAUACCGACGAGGCUAAGACCAUCGCAUGUGGAUCACAUUCAGCCGAGCAGAUCGUCAACAAUUCAUUACAAUAUCGAUUCGACAAAAUUGUACGUGUUGGACGUUCCUCCAAAUCCUGUUAAGCGGCCUGAGCAUCCGGUAUUCCUGGAAUCUAGUCAUGAGAUCGUUUUGCCAUCGACAAGAAUGGAACCUACCGAAUUUUUAACAUCCGUCACGAAAAUGACUGAUCAAAAGACGCGACAUUCGACCGAGACGAACGUUGAGAUGAUCAAAACACAAAAACCACAAGCGACCGAGUACAGUACGGUGAACAGAACGGCGAGCAAGGAGUCGUCUAUAAUCGUUACCAGAGUCGACAGUUCGAUCUCGAAAGUAACCAAUACGUUGAGACCGAUACUAAACAAUAAGACGCGUUCCGAAACAAGCGAUUUGGUCGUGCAAGUUACAAAGAACAUUGCGAAACCUACAGCUAGCACCGUCAAUCAGGAUGAAUCCAACGCUACUAUACAAAUGAAACCAAAAGAGGUAAUUCGAUUUAAAACAUCGACGGUAACGAGAACGAAAACAUCGGUGUUAGGUUCGCCACCGACAACGAGAACACUCCUGCUCACGCAUACAAUGACCACGACGACGGUGGAAACGGUUACGGAAACAUUGGUGCGACCAACAAGCGUCGUGUCCACGGUAACAUCGACGAUUUUACAAUCGAUCGUGACGAGAAUACCUUCGCUUUACGACAAUGCUGUGGAUAACGACUCGAUAUUUGUCGUGAUGAGCGAUCAGAAACCGCCCGCGCCCGGGGCGGAAGAGGUGGAGGCUGAAUACGGAGAGGAAGUUUCGCGUGACGAGCAAGAUCCGAUGGGCAACGAGGUUCACAAGGUACUUGCGGGUGGAAUACUCGGCGCACCUGUGGCACCUCUCCCACCCGCUGCAAAUCAAUGCACACCGGAAUGCAAACCGUCCAAAUCUGAAAUAUGUGCCGAGGUAGGAACUGAAACGAGGUGUGUGUGUCGGCCAGGAUUCGCGAGAAUGUUCUUGGAUCGUCCUUGCAAGCCGACUUACACGUACACUCUGCGCGUUGGUCUGGAUCGUAUCGGCCACGACUUCGUGGCCUACGAAAAUUCCCUAAAUGAUUCUACAUCAACGACCUACAAACGUCUGAUGACUCCGACGAAAGAAGCUUUGGAUCGAAUGUUGAUGCAGAGUGAUCUGAGAGAUAUUUACAGAGGGCUUACAAUCGCCGGAUUCACCCCGGAUCCCACAAGAGUCGAGUUUCACGUGCAGCUUAGCGAUAACACUAACGAGGCCAGAUUGAAAGAAGUUCUUCGGAAAUAUUUGGUCGGAAGCAAUUACAGUUUGGGCGGCAUGGAGGUUUUCGCAUCAAAGAAUCUUGAUUUGAUUGAGGCGGUUGACUUCGACGAGUGCGCUUUCAGAGAAAACGGACCGCAUCACGACUGUUCGCCUUACGCAGCGUGUUUCAACUUACGAGGCUCCUAUCAAUGUUCUUGCAGAGAAGGCUGGGCCGAUUUGUCUGACAAUCCAGCGUAUCCUGGAAGAGUGUGCUCGCAGGCUCCGUUAGGAUGCGCCGGUUGCAACAACAAAGGUCAUUGCGUCACCAAUACUCUCGGUCAGGAGGUAUGCGAAUGCUUCCCUUGGCACAGCGGCCAACGUUGUCAAGUUAAUCUCAAAGUUUUGUUGAUAGCCCUGGUGACGACCGGAGCAAUCCUACUGGGUCUCUUAGCGAUUUGUGUGGGAAUGACGUGCUUCCGUCACCCGGGACGCGAUCAAAAGACCGGCGACAGACGUGCAAUGAUCUCCAGAACGGGUUGCGACACCAGUAGCGAAGGUAGCGUAACCGAUCUGGCGAUACCCCAUCACGUGCCGCACGUUUUGCCACCGCCACCGCAAAUGAUAGCGCCGUUGCCGCCGAACAAGCGACCGAUUCGUAAGAUCAGUACGAAACCUCGUCAUCCACCGAGAAAAGCCACCAUGAUAUCCGCGCCUGCAAUUUCGGUCAGUGACGAUCAGCGUGAUCGCUCCUUGACGGUAAUGAUACCGCGCGCGAAAUAUCGAUCGGCGCCGCAGUCACCGCAAAAUUACAAAGGCGGCUUGAGCACCUUCGCCGCCGAGGAGCACAAGCUUCUAAAUUACCUCGACAAUGGCACGAGCUCUCUGGCAAACCGAAAACAAAGCAUAUCGAGCGCGAAGGAUUGCAAGGAGGCUGAUCUGCAGAGAACGAGAACUCCGGUGACGCCCACGGGUGCUCUUGUGAGCGCCGGUUUUCAGGUAUCAGCAACGGUGACUCGCACUGUAGACGCUGAAUCCACAUUGGCGCGCUCUUGCGGCGAAACCACCGUGGAGACAGCGACGAAAGUGCUGAGAAGCGGAGAUCUUCAAGUCGAUCUCGACUCAACACUGGCGCGCUCGUGCGGCGAAACGACCAUCCAGGCACCCACGAAGCUGCUCAGAUUGGACUUAGGCGAGGCGGGCUCAACUUUGGCGAGAUCGUGCGGAGAAACGACGAUCCAACCGCCAACGAAAGUCGCCGCUGUGCGAAGGAACAGCGUAAAAGACGCCAGAGAUAACAGAGACAUCAGGGACAGCGCCAGCGAGGGUCAUACCAUGGCCGAACGCGAUUUAGGCAGCACGCUGAGACUUCCGGCCCAACAUCCGCCGUUGUACAGUCCGGACAGGACCAGCGAUCGGGAAUCCAACUUCGAUUCGCUCUAGACGCUCAAACGAGAACGAGUCACGGUAAAUGAGAAGAUUAAUCGCGGACGAAGCCGCUGGACGGUAUCUUCCGUAAAUUUAAAUAAAAAGAUAAAUCAAAAUUAUAUCAAUACACGUGAUAAACGUGACUGAUAUGUAUAUUAUUUUACAAUUUUUUAUUAUUUAUAAAAAUCGACAUAGUUUUUUUUUACUUUCCUUCAGCACUUUCACAGUGUGUUUGCAGGGUAGCUGCUUGAUUUGUCGGAUCGAUCGGCAAGGAUUUUGCAUCGUUCGUUGGUUUCAAGAUUCAUCGAAAUUACCCGACAUUCUUAUCUCGUUAGUAAAAAUUUCUUCUAAAUUCGGACCUGUUUACGAAUUCUCUUCUCAGAUUAAAAUCUGAGCGCGUAUAUAACUUCUCGUUUAAACGCGCGUGACUCAACCCCGUGCCAAAAUAGAACCAAUGAAAUAUAAGGAAGGUUCCUUGAAGAAGCGUUUUCUUGCCUUCCUCUACGCGUCGUUUUUUCACGACAUCGAGCGCGAUUCGCUGUAGGUGAUUGAAAUAUUAGAUUAUUUAUAUUUAUUUUGUAUACAAUGUAAAACAUUCGACUGAUCAUAACGUCAAUAUUGUGUCAUUUCGAAGAGACAUAAAAAGUCUUUUAUGAAAAUUAUUCUUCUUGUCGAUAAAAUCUAUUUGAUAGAAAAUUUAGCGCGAGAAAUGUGUAAUUUGAAAGCGACAAUAUUUCAAUCGUCGCAGCUUGCCGCGCGCAUUAUAUGCGUGCGGUGCGAUACGUAGUGUCAUAAAUCGUAGAUGACGCAAAGAUAGCACGACGAAAAAGCUCGAUGCUCAACAUCGAUCAAAGAAACGAAAUUUUUAUUAUUAUUUUGUUGUUAUUGUUUGUUUGUUUAGUCUAUUCUCCGACGAUGUCGAACGCAUGUUGCCCGGCUUCGUUGCGGAGGCAUUCUUUGAGAACGAUCUCGUCAGAUCGUUGGAAGAUGACGCGAGUAUUGUUGCGGUGUUUGUUUGAAUGUAAAUUGUUUAUUUCGCGUGUUGUUCAACACAAUUGUUCUUUGAAGAUAUAUCAGUAGAUUAAUCAGUAGAGAUUCAAUUUCUCCAAAAAUAAUUUAACGUAUCUAAUUUCGAAAUUAGCUCAAGCGAUUAAAUGAAAAAAAAAAAAAAAAAAAUUGUAACAUUUUGCAUUCAAAAGAAGCACCUUUAUCCUCUCCCAGGCUGUUCAAAACGAAGCCGCGGCAACGUCGCCGCAUUAGAACUCGAGAAAGGAAGCGAAACGCCCAAUGUAUUUACUGUUAGCUCAAUAGUGUAAGCAGAAGUGUAACAAAGAACACACAAUGUGUAUCAAUAUCACCCCCCCGUCAGUACACGAUCAAUCAAAAGAUUUGUUCCGUCCCGCACGCAACGCGGGACGAGUUCAAUUACGCUGGUUUAGAAAACGAAGAUGACGAUGCUCGUAUUUUAAGUUUCUCUCGUUACUAACUUUGUCUCUUCUCUCUCUUUCCCUCCCGCCCCGUCUUACUCUUCAAUUCCUUUUUCAAAAACACGCCUCUCAUUAUGCAUAUACAUAUGUAUAAUUUUUUUUCCUGUUGUACAUAUUGCCUCCUCUCUUCGAAACCUCUUCUACGCAUUACUAUGUUGUAAUUUUGUAUACUUAUACAUGUACUUGUAAUAAAAAGUCAAUAAUAUAACGGUAUGUUUGAAAAAGGUACCUGUUUGUCAUA